UUGAUGGCCAGCGGUACCGUGCUUUGUGCCAUCCUCUUUGUUUCCUGGGUGAGAAAUACUGAUCAUGGGAAUCAAAUCACUUGGACCAAGACCCAGAUAUGUGUUACUGAUCAAAGCAGAGUACUGAGAUGCAAUGUAUUUCAGGAUUCAAGCUUAAUGAUCAAUAAGAAUGAAGUAUGUGGCAGCUCUAUUUCUUCAGGGCCUUCAAUAGAUCCAGUUUUGGUGAGGUAUGAUGUUGAAUGCGAGGCACAAAAGGGGCUGAAGAAAAGAUGGACUAGUUUGGAAGAAAGAAAUCAACCCCAUGGGCUGCUCUUAAGUGUCUCAGUAUUCCUCUUCAAGCAGAUUCUCUGUAUAAGAAUGCUACUACAUAUGUAUUUGCUCAUUGUCAUGGUAGUGCCCAAAUCCAAACUAUAUUUCUGAAGGAAAAAAGAGAGUUGCUGAUUAUCAAAAGCAAAUGGAAACACGUGUAUCUACCGUGCAUUAUAAAUUAUCUUAGAUGGUGCCGUCUUACAUGAAGUCUAGUUGGAUCUGUAUUGCAACAAAAUUUCACUUGUAAAUAAAAUUGCCCUGCUCUUUUCCUUCUGCAGAAGAGGCUGUUUUUGUUUCA